UUUGCCAUUGACAUAUUAAAUGCAACGAAUAAUUUACGUUUCUAAUCAUUUUCUGGAAAUUCCUUAGCCAUUAAAAAAAAAAAAAUACAGCCAGAAAAUACGAUUUUAUUCUUUCAUCUUUCUUCCUCCUUCUCUAUUGAAUAGUCCUGAGUUCAUUUUUUGCAGAGUUCACAAAGAAUCAAAACUCUUGUUCUUCUCUGGAACCUACUCUCUAAUACAAGUACAGAUUUUGGCAUUUUGCUAUCUUUUUAUACAAAACCCCAAAUACUCAAAAUCUGAGUUUUUUUCCGUUUCUUGAUCUCUAUUAAUUACCUGAAUCAGCCCUUUCAUGGGACCGUUACUUCUACUAAAUUUCUUGUCUUAAAGGUUUAUUCUCUAUUGGGUCAAAAUGGGUAUUGAAAAGUUUGGAAAUUUCAUCUUGAUUUCGAUCUUGAUUUGCAUCUGCCAUGGAUUCACACCUCAAGAUAAUUACUUAAUCAACUGUGGAUCACCAACCAAUGGAACACUAAUGGGUCGAAUCUUUAUGUCUGAUAAGCUCUCUUCGAAGUUACUUACUUCUCCCAAAGAGAUUCUCGCAAGCGAAAGCGUUAAUAACGCUGGCUCAGACAUUUACCAAACGGCGAGAGUCUUCACCGAAGUCUCUAGCUACAAAUUCUCUAUCACUCGUGGUCGUCAUUGGGUUCGUCUCUAUUUCAAUCCUUUUGACUACCAAAACUUCAAAAUGGGUUCAGCUAAAUUCGCAGUUUCGUCACAAAGUCAUGUCCUUUUGAGUGAUUUCAAUGUUAAGAGUACGAGAGUUGUUAAAGAGUACUCUUUGAAUGUGACUACUAAUGAUUUAGUGCUCACGUUUACUCCCUCGGGUGGUUCGUUUGCGUUUGUGAACGCGAUCGAGGUUAUAUCGAUUCCGGAUACAUUGAUCACUGGUAGUCCAAGGUUUAUAGGCAACCCUGUGCAGUUUCCGGAUAUGUCAAUGCAGGGUCUUGAAACCAUUCAUAGAGUGAACAUGGGCGGUCCGCUUGUUGCGGCUAACAACGAUACUCUUACGAGAACUUGGGUGCCUGAUUCGGGGUUUCUGCUUGAGAAGAAUUUAGCGAAGACUGUGUCUAAGUUUUCAACUGUUAACUUUGUUCCAGGUUAUGCAACAGAGGACUCUGCGCCAAGAACCGUUUAUGGUAGUUGUACUGAGAUGAAUUCCGCGGAUAACCCGAAUAGCAUUUUCAAUGUCACGUGGGAGUUCGACGUUGAGCCUGGUUUUCAGUACUAUUUCCGCUUCCACUUCUGCGAUAUUGUUAGCUUGUCUUUAAACCAGCUAUAUUUCAAUCUUUAUGUUGACUCGAUGGUCGCUGCUACGGAUAUUGAUCUUAGCACUCUUGUGGAUAACACUUUGGCUGGUGCAUACUCGAUGGACUUUGUCACGCAGACUCCAAAGGGUAGUAAUAAAAUCCGUGUGAGCAUUGGUCCGUCGACUGUUCACACCGAUUAUCCAAACGCGAUUGUGAACGGAUUGGAGAUCAUGAAGAUGAAUAACUCUAAGGGUCAGCUAAGCACCGGGUCAUUUGUGCCUGGUAGUAGUUCAAGCAGUAAGCAGAGUAAUAUCGGGAUGAUUGUAGGUUCAGCCAUUGGUUCGUUGCUCGCGGUAGUCUUCUUGGGAAGUUGCUUUGUGUUGUAUAAGAAGCGGAAACGUGGCCAAGAUGGUCAUUCAAAGACUUGGAUGCCGUUUUCAAUAAACGGAACUUCAAUGGGAAGCAAAUACUCCAACGGAACUACGCUUACAAGUAUAACUACCAAUGCCAAUUACCGUAUUCCCUUUGCAGCGGUUAAAGACGCUACAAAUAACUUUGACGAGAGUCGCAACAUCGGGGUGGGCGGUUUUGGUAAAGUCUACAAAGGAGAGCUUAAUGACGGUACAAAGGUAGCUGUGAAAAGAGGAAACCCAAAAUCUCAGCAAGGGCUUGCGGAAUUUAGGACAGAAAUCGAGAUGUUAUCUCAGUUUCGUCACCGGCAUUUGGUCUCUCUGAUCGGUUACUGUGAUGAGAACAAUGAGAUGAUACUGAUAUACGAGUAUAUGGAGAAUGGAACGGUAAAGAGUCAUCUUUACGGCUCAGGUCUUCCUAGCUUGACUUGGAAACAACGGCUUGAGAUCUGCAUUGGCGCGGCUAGAGGAUUGCAUUACCUUCACACGGGUGACUCGAAACCGGUUAUUCACAGAGACGUGAAAUCUGCAAACAUAUUGCUCGACGAGAACUUCAUGGCUAAAGUUGCAGACUUUGGACUGUCCAAGACCGGACCUGAGCUCGAUCAAACUCAUGUGAGUACUGCUGUCAAAGGAAGUUUUGGAUAUCUUGACCCCGAGUACUUCAGAAGGCAACAGCUCACAGAGAAAUCCGAUGUUUACUCCUUUGGGGUUGUUCUUUUUGAGGUUCUCUGUGCUAGACCCGUUAUAGACCCGACACUUCCAAGAGAAAUGGUGAAUCUUGCGGAAUGGGCGAUGAAAUGGCAGAAGAAAGGACAACUAGAUCAGAUCAUCGACCAGUCGCUUUGCGGAAAUAUCAGACCCGAUUCGUUAAGGAAAUUUGCGGAAACAGGUGAGAAAUGUUUGGCUGAUUACGGUGUCGAUAGGCCAUCUAUGGGAGAUGUGUUGUGGAAUCUUGAAUACGCUCUGCAGCUACAAGAAGCAGUCGUUGAUGGCGAACCAGAAGAUAACAGCACGAAUAUGAUCGGUGAAUUACCUCCACAGAUCAACAAUUUCAGUCAGGGAGACACAAGUGUUAACGUUCCAGGCACAGCGGGGCAGUUCGAAGAAUCGAGCAUUGAUGAUCUCUCUGGCGUUUCCAUGAGUAAAGUAUUCUCACAACUGGUUAAAUCUGAGGGAAGAUAGUGAGAGAUUUGAGCAAUGCCAGUGCCUAGAGAAGCCAAAGAUCUGAUCUUUUGACAGAAACAGAGCAAGCAAAGUAUGUAACCAGGAAAAAGCAUCAGUUUUUUUUCAGAUUGGAUCUUUGUCUCUGCUUGAUCUGUUUCUACUGCAGAUUUUCAUCAGUCAUGAUACGAAUACUUUGAAAAUUUACCUUAUUUUGUUCCUCUCUCCCUUAUCCUGAGUUUGUAUUUUAUUGAUGUUCAUUUUGAAGUUGUCUGAAAUUUGUUUGUUCUUUCUAUUAUAUGGAUGUUUAACACUCUUGUUGUUUCAAUUGUAUUGUAAGUUUAGAAGUUAAAAACAUAGUUCUUCAUGGUUCUUGUUUCGUUUGAGAAA